ACAAUCUCUACGGUUCUUAAUUUACCUCCUCAAUGUACAAGUUACAACACAAUCAAUGAUGCAACACGUCUUGCAACUUAUACUGCUAGUACUUGCUGUACUUGUGACUCUGGUUAUAAUGGUUGGUAUAGAAUGACUGGAUCAUCAGGAAGUCAAUUGGUUACAUCUCCUGUUACUAUAGGUUCUUGUGGUUCAAAUUAUCCAUCUUGGUGGAAUGGUACUCAUCCAUCAACUGUUGGUGCAACAGCAUCUGGUACCCAAUGUGUUAAUUACAGCGGAUAUUUAUGUUAUUCAUCAUAUUCACUUACUUCGAUUCUUGCAACCAAUUGUAAUGGAUAUUAUGUCUACUAUUUACAACCAUUAACUUGCGUCUGUUGUGGCAUUUAUCCUCGAUAUUGCACCGUAUAA